GCAAAGCAGAGAUUUAACUAGACCUGGGAUUCUUACCCAACAUCGCUCUAUGCCCUAGAAGGGAUUAAUUUUCACUUAACCAUUACUCUUCUCUCUAGGGUCCCCAGGAGGGGCUCGUCUUAUUAUCAUCGUCCUUUAUCCAAAGGACGAUCGUGAGGGCACACACGAUUCCCACUCAGCUUCUGCCCAGACAGGUGUGCUCAAACGAGCCUCUUGUAGAGGGUCCCCUCACAGACGUUUUCAUUCACAGGUCGCCCUUGCACGUGCCGUACAGAUAUUUUCCCACGGAGAUGCCCCAAACAAAUGUUUUCUCACAGAUGCAUCCUUGACAGGUGGACCUCAAUACACAUGAGCCCCUCCCCCCGAUGUGCUUCAGUGUGAGUGUGCCCCCAUGCAGGCGUGCUCAGGUCUUCCUCUCGUGUGAGCUCAAUUCUAUGCAGCUGUUUCCUUCACCUCACAGGUAUGUUUCUCAACAGGUGUUCCUCCACCCAGGAAUGCGUUAUAGAGCCUCCCCCGCCAUACGUGUGUUCCAUUUAAUCAUUCACCCAUACGGGGCUCUUUCCAUAUAACUGGGUCCCCUACAGGUGUACUUAAAUGCAGGUAUGUCUCGUACAGGUGUUUCCAAUACCUUUACACACAGGAAUUCCUUCUGCAAGUCUUGUUCAUUUCAUAGGUGGGCCAUGCAGAUGCAUUCCCCAAACAGAUGUACCCCGCGCCAGAGUGCCUCAGCCAGGUGUUUGUAACCAUGCAGGUGUGUUCUAUACAGCUGUUUUCCACACAGGUGUGUCCCACACCAGUGUUUUUUCAUUAGAGGCUCCCCAUCCCGGUCUGCCCCAGACAGGAGUGCCUCACACAUCGGUGACUCCCUGCCGCGUGUGUCUCCACACCUGGACGAUUCUACAGAUGUACCUGCAGUGCAGGUGAGAGGCCCCUUUUACACCUGCGCGCUUCCGCGCCUUUUCACUCCUCCCGAUUAUGGGAUUGGGUUCCCGUUACAGGUGCGUCCGCGGCGCGGACCCGCCCCCGCUUGGCCCCGCCCUUUCACCUAGGCUCAGGUGCACAAGCCGGAAGUGCGCUCACCUCCAAGGUGAGUGACUAAACUUUCCGGGUCACGUGAGCCGGCGGAGCUGGAAGAGUCCGACCGAGCCACUGACCGACGGAUCGAGGGUUCGAGCGAGGAACCGGGAUCGGGACCCUGAGCGGGGGUCGAAGACGCCCGGGCCAGCCCCCAGGUGUGGGGUCGAAGGUACCCCCCCAGCCCGAGAUGCGGUAGGAGCGGCGCGCGCGACAAGCCCCGUCCCCGGUGCCACCAGCCUGUCACCCGGCCCAUGGCGAGCCCCGGGCUGGGGCUGCUCUUGGCGCUCGGCCUGCCGCUGCUGCUGACCCGCUGGGGCCGGGUCUGGGGGCAAACACCGGACCCCACUGUAAGUGGGAACAGCACCAUUACACCCUCUGGCCCCAGCCCUGGCUCCAAUGGGGCCCUGUCGCAGGAGGCCACCAUUGCCAUCAUCGUGGUCUUCUCCCUCCUGGCCGCCCUGCUCCUGGCUGUGGGCCUGGUACUUCUGGUGCAGAAGCUUCGGGAGAAGCGGCAGACGGAGGGCACCUACCGGCCCAGCAGUGAGGAGCAGUUCUCCCAUGCAGCCGAGGCCCAGGCUCCCCAGGACUCCAAGGAGACGGUGCGGGGCUGCCUGCCCAUCUAGGUCCCCUUCCUCUACCCAUCACCCUUCCUGGCUGUGUGACCUUGGGGGAAGGCAGAGCCCUCUCUGGGCAAUCAAACACACCCAGCGCUUAAGAAUAGAGGGGAAGAAGGUGCUUCGAAGACUCUGCCCUUGAGGGCAAGGGAGACAGGCUGCUUACUUUAUAUAUAUCUAUACAAUGGGUAGUGUGAUGUAAUAAAACCUUUCUGUGAGCUGGUGGGGGCAGGAGUUAGCCUAGAUGGAGGAGACACACAGGCUGUUGAGAGAUGAAUUGUAAGGUCUCGAGGGUCCUAGGGGCUGGGAGGGCUUCCUGGAAGGGAAAGGCUUUUAGCUGCACCUAAGAGCCAGCAAGAGGCUGCCUUGGGAGGGAAGGUAGGGAGUGGGGUGGGUUUCUGAGCAGAAACAGGGCUCCCAGGUAAACCCACCAGGAAAAACAAGCUUUGGGCUCUUGCAGCUUUAUUGAGGGGCCAGAGUCUCCUCCAGACCCCUGAUUCUUAACCUUCAAAACACUUUUUAAGCUCAGCAACCCUGGGCCGGCUCCUGGCCUGGAGCUCCUCGCAGUUACUAGCAGGAGGCUCAGGGGGCCUGGGGGCUCCCGGCUCCUCGUGGGGCUGGAGGUGCGUGUGCUCUGGGAGCAGGACCUCCGAAGGCUGGGCUCUGGGGCUCUCUGGGGAACCGGGAUCUGAGAAAGAAUCAAGGACUUGGGAUGCCCAGGUAAUAUCCGAGUUGGGCUUUGUGGGAGUCAGAAGUUGGGGGCUUUCUCGAGGGCUGGGUGCUGUGGAGAGCUGGGUGCAGGGGCUCUCCUGGGCUGUGGGAUCCUCGGUUGCCUCGUGGGGAGAGGAGAGGCGUAGAGGCUGGGGCUCUGUGAGAGAGGAGCUGGGGUCCCCUUUGCUGCUUGGGUCUGCAGAAGCUGUCGAAGACUGGGAUGGGGAAAUGAUUUCUGGGCUGGCCUCUGAGGGCAGCUGGGAAGUGGGGUGCUUCGAGGAGCUCGUGGCAUCUGAAGGCUGUGGGGUGUGCAGAGGCGGCAGGCCGACAGAAAGGGACAGGGGCUGGGGCCCUGGUGGUUUCUCGUCAUCUGCUUGCCAUCUUGAUCUUCCUGGUAUGUCGGGCUGGGUGGGGAUGGGGAGAUGGGCACGUUGCUGGCCUUUAAAUGAAGGAGGGGCUGGCAGGUUGGAUGAGCAAAUGGGGCAGGGCUGGGGGGGCUCUCACCAGGCUGAGGCAGCUGUCCAGGUCCCCUCUGUGGCAGCAGUCCAAACUCUGGCUUGGCCGCAGGCUGCUGUUCCGGGUGUCUCUCAUGCUCAGACUAUCCAGAAUCUCGCUCAGCAAAUCCAGUUCUUCUCCGGACCCAAGGAAGCUGCCAUCCAGAGCUUCCUCUGCCAACGGUUCCUGGGCAUCCUCAGGGCUCAGAGAGGGUGUCCUGGGUGAGGAUGGGCAGCCUCAGAUAUCUGCCCCAGACCGGCUGCUCUGAAGGGUCUGGAGUUUUGGGGCCCACUUCCCCAUGAGUCCCUGCCCCCCACUUCCAACAUUGCUCCCUCCCUCUGCCUUGGAGUCUUACCCCUCCCCCAGGGACUCAGAAGGUCUCUCUUCCCGCCAGAGUCUCCUGCUGGGGCGAAGGGGCCGGUUCUGCAAAGGACAGAUUUGGAGGCUGAGGCCUCAGGAGCUACAGAAUCAGGGAGUUCUGUGAAGGGGGGAGUGGGUACCCCAUUUUUGAGGUAGUCGAGAUGUCUGGCUGGAGACAGGAUGGGAGAAGGACUUGGUGAUAAUUCCAGGUAUGUGUGGGGGCGGGGCUCUUACCUGUCCGAAGUGUUGGGUGAUAGGCAAGCGCUGCUGCAGGCAAUCUGAGCGGCUGGUGAGGGAAGGGGCCCUCAGGGAGCCCCCCCUCUGCAGGCCAGAGUCCCCAUCCUAGGAAGAGGGUGGGUGAGCCAGGAGCCCCUCCCCCCCGCUGCCCCAUGGCGUUGGCUACUGGCUUUACCUUGUACAUCAGAAGGCUCUGCACACCCUUCAAGCCACUCUUCGCCUACGGAGGAGCCAAAAGAGACUGAAUCCAGAGCGAUUUGACCCUGGACAUUUGAGAACUCGGCCCUCCAUCCCCGAGGACAGUUUUGUCUUCCCAUCUGCUCAUGUAUGUCUCAAAAUAUAUUCAAGUUCCCCCGGUACCACCUAAGAAGUCAAUACAAACUUGCCCCUUUGACUAACACAGAAGGAAUAUUACUGGAGGAGAUAACCCCCAAAUGAAACAGGAAAUGGCAACACUAGAACAUCGUAAAAAUGAGUCAGUGUUCAAAAGCCGAGCAAAGAAUAAAAUCCAGCAGACAAUUGCGAGCUGUGGAAGUUGGUCCCAGGAAAAUUUUGGGCUUGGGAGAAAAACAAACCACAAGGGCAGAAGCUGGGAUUGUGGUGUCUCAGAAGGACAAAAGGUGUUUGCCAAAGAGCCUUGGUUGUCAUUUUUAAAUAGGAAAGACCUGAUGCGACAAAAAUGAAUGAACACAGUCAAUGGAAAAUAAAACUAGGAAACAUUGUAAA